UAAAAUAAAAUAAAUGAUGGAUUAAGCUUCCUGGCAGAAUAAAAAAAAUAUAUAAAUUAGCCCUACAUUUACCAGCUGCAACACGAUGCUUACACAUUAAUGCAUUAGUAUUUAUAAUUCAGUGAUGUGAUGAUGUGAAGAAAAAUACACACUCUUAUUUUUGGUGCUUUAAGUGUAUUUUGAUAUAAAUAUAUACAUGCACUAUUACCUAAUUAAAAUGCUGAAUUCAUGGCUUUUACAUGUAACAGUGUUCCUCCACCAGUGUGAAUAAGACUCAGGUGACAUUUGUGCAUGGGGGCCCCCUCGUGGCUGAAUCCUGCCUUAGUUACUAGUGUCUUUUAGCGCAAACAGGUAUAUGUCUCUUAUUUUGAAAGGGAAGAGCCGGAAGCGUCGCCGUGAAAUCCCUUCGACUUGACACAGCUGGACCGCGGCACAUUUUUUUUGACAGCGGAAAUGCGAGUCGCCACUUUUUUUCCGCGUCAAGUUCGUGGCUGAAAGUUUUUCUUUCCUCAUUUUUUUUUUUGUUUGUUGCGGAGGAACCGUCGCGUGCACUCACAAUGAGAGAGAAAGCGACAUACUUUUCAACAUGCAGCUUUUCCUCCGAUGUCCAGUUUCCUGUUGCUCCUCACCGACGUGGUUUUGAGUUACUUUAGAUGCUUCUCAACACAUUUCCGUUAUGCGAAGUCCAACUUGUUGGUUAGUCGUCUUGCUGCGGUGGAUGCCCAUCCGAGAUAACGGAGAACCAGUGAUUCUCAGCCGGUCUGGUUACUGCAAUGAAUGGUAACACUAUCCAUCCAGCCAACACCACCACAACAGCAGGAGGAGGCCCAGGUGUGACAGCGCCCCCGAGAGGCUGGAGGGAAUUCUGCGAGCUGCAUGCCAUCGCCACAGCCCGGCAGCUGGCCGGACACUACCGGAGCUUCGCCAGAGAGCGGCCACAACAUGACGUGCUCCCUCCAGAGACCUUCUCCAAGCAGUUCACAGACCUCUUUCAGCAGCACUUCUGCUGCGAGGUCGACAAAGACGGCACCCCGCUCAGCCAGAACACAUGCUCCAUCGCUAGCGGUAGUGCUUCCUCCACCACCCCAGCGGCUCCUCCCCUCCCAUCACAGGCUGUGAUUGGGAGGUUGCGAAUUACGUCUUUGUCUGGGGUGCAGGACUAUCGGGAGGCGGGCCGGCCAAGUGGAGGGGCUGCUCUGUUUACUGUGGUGUCACCAAAAGUGGAGCCAGUGGUGGUGAGUCGGGAGCAGGAGCAGCCGCUGCGAUGUGCUGCGGGGAACUCCUUAUCAGGAAACCCCGUAGUGCUCAGGGGGUCGACUCGUAGCAUUGGCAGCGGGUCGCUGCUGAUUCGUAGCCGUAGCAAUGAGGAGAUCUCUGGCACUGAUCGUCGUCAGGUAUCUGAACGGUACUCCUCUGACUCCUCAACUUCCAACCCUGCACGCGCUGACGUCACACAUUUCUCUGUCAGCCAAAUCCGGCACACCGUAAGGCGGCUUCUCAAGAAACGGCCCAGCCCCUCCUCAUCCCAGGACCUGUCUCCUAGCAACCCCAACCCCACCAGCAACAACAGCAGUCCCCCAAAUAAUGGUGACAGAGUGGGCGGGAUUUCUUCCACAAAUGAGGAAGUGUCAUCCUCCUCCUCUUCCUCCCACUCUUCCUCUUGUCUGAACUCGGAAGCCACACCCCCAGCAUCCUCACACAUGUCCAUGGCUGGAGUAGCCUCUCACUUCCUGGAUCGCUUCCGUCGGUUACGCAGCGGAAGCAUGAGGCAGAGGAGGUCAGAGGCGAGCGGUUGCUGUAAAGAGGGCCAACUGAGGUACUUGCUGGUGGAUGACACUAUCUCAGACUCUCAGCCCCGCUGGCAACGCUGCCGCCUGCUGGUCAGGAGGAUCAGGGACGCUCAAGUUGGAGGAGGAGGCAGAGGAAGAGGAGGAGGGGAGAGGUACCAGUUGGAGCUCUAUGAUCCUCCAAAGGCAUCCAGUCCCAAGCUGACAACUCACUGCUCAGAUAUCCAAGAAGUACGUCGUUGCAACCGGCUUGAGAUGCCUGACAACUUAAACACAUUUGUUUUAAAGGUUAAUCGAGGUAGUCUGAUAUUUGAGACGGACAACGACCAGCAGGUCAGCUCCUGGACCACAGAGCUAAAAGAAUGUAUCAGCAACAGGUCAGUCAGUGUGGAUCUGGAGCCUCUCCCCUCCUCAGCUGACAGCUCUGCUCCAGCCAACCAGAGAGGAAGCUCGGAGUUGGGAAGUCAAAGUCCUGUCACCUUCACCCUGCCCGAGCUUUCUGUCCAGAAGACCGAUCACUUCCUGUUCUCCUACCCGUGGUUCCACGGGCCCAUUUCCCGCGUCAAGGCUGCCCACCUGGUCCAGAGCUCUGGACCGGAGGGACACGGAGUGUUUCUGGUCCGACAGAGUGAGACACGAAGAGGAGACUACGUCCUCACAUUUAACUACCAGGGGAAAGCAAAGCACCUGCGCCUCUCGCUAACAGAAUGGGGUCAGUGCAGGGUACAGCACCUGCGCUUCCCCUCUGUUAUGGACAUGCUCAGUCACUUCCGCCUCUUCCCCAUCCCACUAGAGUGUGGAGCUGCCGGUGCCGUCACUCUGUCCAGCUUCGUAGUGGCGGGCUCCAGCCCUCCAUCACAGGGUCAGCUCUCAGGCGCUCUUCUCGUCCCUUUCUCCCUCCAUCGGUGGAGCUCGGAGCCCAGCUUGGCUCACUGCAGUCUGGCCCGCAGCUCCAGUCAGCCCCGAUCCUCCUGCUCCACCAGCACCAGCACCACCAGCACCACUUCGAGCCCCAGCUCCGUUUCCCAGUCGGGGAGCCGCCCAUUCACUCGCACCAACCCCGCCCCUGACCCUCCUGCGUCAGCCCCCGCUCCUCUUCGGCGCAGUGAAUCAGUGGGGAGGAGACCGCUGCUGCGCCACCCCAACCCCCACAUCCCUCAGCGGGACUCAGACUAUGAGCUGGAGCCUGACCGAAGUCGCAAGCGGGCGAUAGACAACCAAUACAUGUUGCUCUGACCCGCCGAGUCAAACACCUCCAUCACCUCUGACAAACAGCAAUCACCUGUGACAUGUUCACACACACACACACACACACGCACACACCAUUGUGCACACAUCAUACAGACACAUUUUGUUACCCACAUUCGGCUUCACGUGUAUGUGUGUGUAUGUGUGUGUGUGUGUGUGUGUGUGUGUGUGAGACUCUCAAAGAGUGCAUGAUGCUAACAUGAUUAUAGUAGACUCAUAAAGUUGAGUGAACAAGCAUUUUGACAUACACACACUCACCAUGUCUGUGCUGGGAGUGUGUUUACCAGCAACAGACCCUCACAACAUCCACCCUGAGUGUCCACAGUGAAUGUAUUUUUGGGAGUUUUAUAACAGUGUUGAGUAUGAUGAUUAUUCUCGUUUUAUUGAUGUUGAGGUUCUGUGUAAGAGAGGGAGAGCCACGUGUGUACAAGUGCUUGAUUUAACUUCUUUGGCACGUCACCUGAAGUGAUGGGAAGGCACUGCCUGCGAAACUGGUUAAAUCAAGUGCUCCUUUAGGAAAAAUAUUUAACACAUUUACAUUUCACACACAGAGGUGUGUGUGGAGUAAACUCUCGCCUUUUUCUACAAACACACAAACGAGAAAGUGUCGACAUACUCUAUUAGAUAUUCCUCCUCUUGCGCUUUAUUAUAUAUUGAAGUGCACAACGCUUUCAGUGCACUUUGGAAAACAAUGUGUAUUUUUUCUAUACACAGAUUCUUUUGUAGAAAAAUAAAAAAGUAAGUAAAAAGGGGAAAACUUGGUUAAAGUCAGUCAGGGAAGCUGUCACCAGAAAGUGAUCUGCUUCCACCACUUCAAACCUUCAAACCUGCGCUGCAGCAAAUACAGAGAACCACAGGUAUUUUUCAAAAUCAGCUUUCAUCAGCACUGCUCUCACCAACCUGUCUCUGUUUGUGAUUGUGUGUGUGUGUGUGUCUGUUAUGGUGUAUGUGAGAUGAGUGAAAGUGUGCUAAUACUCACCCUUAAGUCCAUGUGACGGGAUUUGUGUCCCAGUGCACACUGCUGGGUUUUCCAAAAUCAGCAUCAAGUUCCUUUGUAGUGUCACGUGUUACAUUUCAAGCACCAAAGGCCUCAUGUGUACAAAAUUAACUUUGGAGUGAGCACAGAAAUAAUUAUUUAUAAUUUCUGCCACCAAAAUCAAAUAAAAUUGAAUUAUAUGAUGACAAUAAUAUAAUUUAAAUACCCUGAACAGUGGUUUAGGAAAUGAAUCAAUGGUUGGUAUUAUUACUAUAUUAAUUUGUUGAUGCAAAGUCACAGAAGAAGAGCCACCAUCAGGAGAAAAGACAACUUUAACCUGAGGGAGGCAGAAAUCUAGAAAAAAAUGCAUACUUUGAAAAAACAUCCUCCUCCUGCAGUGCUCCUCUCUCUGUGUAAAGACCCUCCCACCAGACAACCACGGGCAUCUCCUUCAUACAGUAACCCAGCGUUUUGGACACAUUGAUUUAUUUAAUGUUAUUUCAUUGUAGAGUUGCAUAUUGUGCAUUCACUCAGCUUGCGGGAGGAGUCAGCCUGUACAAACCCCCCAAUGCCAGGUGUCACAGCAAGCUGGUGGCCAGCAACAGCACCAGGUCUAACCUGUGUAACAGCAGCAACAUAAAGUUUGCUCAUCCGGCAGGAAGUUGGGGCUGUUUGGGCCCCCAGAGCCCUGCUUACUAGGGUUCAUCUCCAGACCUGCUGGCAAACUGGUCUGUAGUAGCAGGCAGUGACGCAGAGGACACAAUGACACUCUAGGUAACGUUAGCAACAUAAAUGCAAAGUUAAAUUAGCCCCAGUUGUGAGGCUUUAGUGCCGGUUAGCAGAAGGCUAAACUAUUAGCAACACUUUCUGUCCAUCUCUGAAACACUUCACAUACAGACAUGUUUUGUUCUGUUUACUGUCAGACUCUCUUGUAGAUAAGUCCAUGUUCCUUUAUGUGUUGCUGUGCAGUGCAGGCAGUCGUUGCCAGCUCUGGAAUAGCAACUUUCUCUGUAGGGUUUUGUGCCUCUGAAUCAGCAUCUUGAUUUAGAACAGCCAGUAGGAUCGCUCUCUCUCUAGAUGACACCCCAUCAUGGGUUAGAUUUUCUAAAGCCUGAAAACAAAGCUAAGAGUAGGUGCAGAAGUUUAGUGUUCUUUCACAACACUUGAAUGACAAUAUGCUUACAUCUUAUUGUGGGAUUUUUUUGCCUAAUGAAGCCAAAAUUAAACUGCCUACCCCUGCUUUAAGCUUCUCCGCGCUUCUCUCUUCUUUUCUCCUGAUGGCAACUCGAUGUGGCCAAAAUGUGGCACAACACACUUUAUACGAGUACUUGAAAUUCAUAUAAUUCUGAGUAUUACAAAUUAGCGAUGACACAUCAAUUAUACUAUAAUAAUUUUCCCCAGAUUUUGUGGCAUAAAAAGUAACAACAAAAUGAGCACCACUGAGGUGAAUUUUGUACACACAGAGAAAAGAAAAAUUUGCCCAAUAGAAAACAAACUUGAAAGGCUUCACUCCCGAGAGCGUGAGAGGGGGAAACACUCCAUUUACACACCAAAACAAGGAGGGAUCAAAUCGAUUUGAGGGUCAAAGCGCUGGAAACUUCAGUCCAGGUUUAAAGGGCUCUUAAAAAAUUGAAGGUGACUUGAUGCAACUCCUGUGAGACAGAGUGACACUGAAGUCACACAAGUGCCUCUGUAGAUACUCACAUUUAUUUUCUUACAACUUCUUCAGGCAAAUCUUGAAUCUGGGAGUGGCAUCAUGUCUCCAGCUCUAUUUUUUACAAUCAUAGCAUUAAUUUUUCUUAGUAUUUCCUACACAAGUUCAAAACAGCAGCCAGAAGAAAAAACAAGCAGGGCUGUGAAAAUAAUAUAUUUUUACACUGUGUAUAAUAGAACGUCCUUAUUUUGUAAUGAGAGACUUUGUGGGGAAGGUUUCAGUCAGCAAAGUGUUCAAAUGUGCUGUGAGAUAUUAUGCACCAAUGAUCAAACAGUCUUUGUCCUCCAGCUUCAUUUCUUUGUGUCCUUUAAUUUCAUGACCAAUCAAAAACUUGAGGUGCCUUCCGAGGUUGUCAUAUCUUUAAAUGUAUACUACACAGGACUCAUACAUUAGUAAUCCCUUUCAGUCAUCACUUGAACCUAGAAGUGUGUAGCUGUGUAUCGAUCUGCAGACACUCGGCCCUCUGCCUCGAAUGCGGUCGGGAGUUAAUGAAAAGGUAGCAACCAGGAAGCUACGAACUUGUAGACACAGUUCCCAAAGAUAAUGCAAAUAGAGCGAAAUGCCAAGCAUACAAAGCCAGGGUCAGCUCUUGCUUUCCUGCGUAGUAUACCUUUAAAGGUUUAACCCACCAGUUUAAAGCGGCACUGAUGAUAAGAGGUGUAGAUCAUUCAACUCAGGUGUGAAUUUUGUGGAUGAGCUGACAUUUUAAUUGGAGGUAAUGUAUAAGACGACAUCCAAAAAAUAAGCCUCUACCAGAGCAGUAAAAGUUUAAUUAAGUGACCAGUUUGUUGGUGGUGUUUUAUCUCGUCGACAAACGGGCCAGAUUCAUAAAACUGUGUGCACGCCUGAUUCUGUUUUAGAAAUCUUGAUUAUGGUGGAGUGUAGCACACAAGCCUUAUUUCCAUACCUCAAGUUGGCUCAAAAUGGCUGAUAAAUGGCUUUAAUCAUGCAUUUGUGUACGGAUAUUUGUGCCCACUGCGCCACUCACUAGAUCUGCCAGUGAGAAAUACAGCAAUGUCACCAACUACGCACAGCUGUGGAUAUUUGUAGCGUCUGUAACAAUGAUUCAUCGUGUUUCUACAAACCAUUAUUGUAUUAAAAUCUUAAUCAUCAUUAUUAUUGAACAUCAGAGCGAUUAUCAAUGAUUCAUUCAUAAUCCUGAUGUUCAAACAGACUAUACAAAGUACUUCACAGGAUAAAACAAUCACUAACAGGGAGAUUAAUGUUAGCAAAACUUAAAAAUGAAUCUCGUCCUUGUCAUAUUACAUGCAGCCAUCUCAGCUAAAACCAUGUGUACGCCUGGUGUAAAGAAUGCAUGAGGUGCACACAUUCCUCCUUUAUGAAUACCAGAGUAUACGUUGGAAAAUGCUUGGUGCAUGGUUUCUGUGCGUACACAUCUUUCAUGCAUCUGGCUCCUGGUCUGAGUUUCCUCAAAAGCAUCUGAAGAGCUGAUCUGAAGCCUAAAGUGUUUCCAUCUUGUGGCCACACCAUAUAUGUUCCAUGUUUGACUUGUGAACCUCUCCUCACAGAACAUCCCAUGAACAGUGACCACUUCUCCACAUAAAAGCAGUGUAUUUGACACACACCACAUUCUGUAAUUUUGUUUGAAUAACUGAAGUUUCACUUCCAUUAGCAACAGGAUGCGUUUGGGAAAUAGUGUGCUAGGACUUGUCUGUCUUCUAACCUUGCUUUAACACUAACUUUAGCAGUUGAUUACCUUCAGUAACCCUGCGCUUAAUGUUUGGUUUAGACCUAAUUCUCUCUGCCUGCUUCCUCAACCUGUUUGUUUUUAUGUUUGUUUUUUAAUAACAGAAAUGCAACUUAAUUUCCUCCUGAACACGACCAGAGCGAGCCUGCUGUGAUACGACGACUCUUGUCAGCUUUUUCUACCAAAGGAACAUUUUCACAAUGGUUUUGUAGUUCUUUUUGAUCACAAUCAAGACUGACAUCUUUAAAGUGUUUAUAAGGGGAACAAAAACAAGGACGUUUUUGGCAAAAGUACGGUUUGUCUUCCUGUUUCUAUAUGCUCAAGUCUAAACAAAUUCCUCAUCACUUCUGUUUUAUUUCUGCUAAAGGAAUGCAACGGUAACAACUAUUAUGACUAUCAGUCUCCUCUCUUUGCUGAUUUAUAUAUAUUUUUAUUUUUAGGGAGAAUGACUGUGCCUUUGCCAGAAAGCUGCUGUUGCUUUUCCCCUUUUUGAAAGCUCAGGGUGUGAUGUGGUGUAGAACUUGUGUAGUGCAAUAUCUGAGAGAUGCCCCCUGCUUCAUACCUUUUAUAUGUAUGAAAGAAGUGAUCAGAGGCUUCUAGGUAGAUAAGUAUAGUUUGAUAAAUGCCUAAAUUUUCUAGAAAUACAUGCUAUAUUUAAAACUAGAGCUACCACAUUUUCCUCCUGCUUCAUGGCUUUUAAUUUUGUGUCAUGGUUCAAUCCAGUUUGCAAGAAUCGAGUUAUCGCUUAACAGAACACCUCAGGUGUCUCUAAUCUAACAUCCACUCCACCAACACCUUUGGUCUCUUCCCCUAUAUGUUUAUUUUUAAAAUAAUGUCCAGUUGGUGAAUGUAAUGUGUUCUCAAUACUGUUCAUCUGUUUGUUAACUUAGCACUGUAAACAUUUCAGUUCAACCCAAAAAAUGAAAAAACACAGCUUUUUAAAAUCUGUCAUUGUGUUUGCAUCCCUUUCAGUUAUAAGCAUCUAAAUUAUAUUAAAUAUAUAUCAACUGUAUAUUUGACCUUUUGUAAAAUAAACCUAACCAAA